GAGGAAUUGCACCUCCGGCUGGAAAUAUUACUGUCCGCCUGCGAUAGGACGACGUGCAGAGUGCACAAUUACCGUGUACAGAAUUGCACUGCCUCGACUUCAGCAUCAAAGCGCUUGUGCAAUCAUCCAAUACGCACGAUCUAAGCGCAGAUUUGGGGUAAUGACUUGCACUCUGUGGCCGACCACUCGGCGAUGAACUCUCAUUUGCGUGGCACCACAAAGUGCAGAGCGCGCGCGCAACGCCCAAUCUCAUUGUCAUUGAUUAGAAUGGUUGCAACCUCAGGAGCUAGCGCGCCCGUUGUGGUCGGAAGCGCUGUGGCCGUGGCGGAGGCGCUGGCCACCACGACCCUCGCCCACACAGUGCGGCCAUUCGACUACGCCCGGGACAUUGAGGACCUCCGGGAGAUCUGCGCAAAAGUUUACGACGGUACGGACUACAUGCCGCGUCUAGUCAAGAAGCUUUCAGAGGACCCGGGAGUGCUGGUGCUAGCGGCGGAGGCUGUGGGGUCGCCGGAGGGGGAGACGGCAGAUAGCAGCGGCGGCGGCGCGGGCCGCAUCGACGGCAUCAUCUGUGGCGAGCGGCGUGGCGAGUGCAUCUGGCUGUUCGGGUUGCGCGUGCGGGAGGGCAUUCGCGGCAAGGGCAUGGGCCAUUUCCUCAUGGAAGCCAUCUGCACGCGGGCACCGGUGGAGCUCCGCUGCAACGCGCACCCGCCCGGGGUGGCGCCGCCGGAAUUCGGGCCGCUGCCGCCGCCCGCGAGCCCGGCACUAACCGUGUCGAAUUCCUCCUCCCCCUCGGACGCGUGCCAUGCUGCCGCCACCCCUGAGCCCAUCACCAGCAUCGUCACCUGUACGACGUCGUACAAUCCCGCGGCGCAACGGAUCAUCGGGCGGCAGUUGACAGGACCACUUUACGAGGUGGAGGGCUGGCCCUCGCACAAGCCCCUGGACGAGUACGAGGCGGCGGCGGGCUGGGUGCGCGGCCGUGGCGUGCCGGCAGGGGCGCCGAACAUGAUUGACUGGAUCCCAGGCGCGCGACAGGCCUUGGAGUCGGACGUCGCGGCGCAGGCGCUGCUGCCGCGCUGGCGCCGCGUGUCAGGCGUGGCGGAGCUCCGUUCCGCCGUGUCGCACCUCCUGUACGGCACCACCGCCAGCAGCAGUAGCAGUAGCGGCGGUGCCGGGGGUAGGGAUCCCGCCAAGGGCGCCGCCUCAAGCUGCCGGGCUCUCGAGCCGCUGCUGUGGCUACCCAUGCCCUACGACGCCUUCCCCAUCACUGGGCCCUUCGUGGCCCGGGAGCUCGCGGCCGGGAACGUGUGGCUGCUCACCGCACCGGCGCCUGGCUCGGGUGGGGCGGGCGCGGAGGGCAAACAGGAGCACCACCAGGAGGAGGAGGUUGUCGGCGUGAUGCUCUUGACCUACUUCGAGAUGCUGAACCGCAUCUCGGCAGGCAUCCUUGCACGUGACAACGCCGCUACGCAUGCGGCCAUUCUGCACGCCGGCCGGCUGCACCCGCACUUCAUGGCGUUCACGCUGCGGGCCGCCGCCACCGCGCCGCCGCCCACGCAGCAGCACACGGCGCAGCUGCACGGUGGCGGCAGCAGCGCGGCCCCGACUGGCGCUGGCGCAGCAGGUGCGGGCGCAGCAGGUGCAGGUGCAGGCCCCGGGUCCGAGGACGGUGGAGGCGGCGUGCCGCUGCCGGCGCUGUACACCGCGACGGGCGGGUACCGGGACCAUUGGGUGUACGGCAAGAGGGUGUAGACACGCAUCUAGAGUUCGUGUGGUAGAAGGGGAGAGGCGAGGGGCGCAGGCUGUGGCAAGGUCGCGGCCAGUUCCCUGCACUGGGGAGUGCCAAGGUGCGUACGGUCGGCGAGGGCAUGGACCGAACAAGUUGCGGCGAGGAGGGGUGCGUGGGCAACUGCCAAGGGUGCCGCAUGAUGCUGUUGUCUUGGCAAGGGCUCCGCAUGGUGUUUGUAAUUACGGAAGCCCACUGGAAAGUGGAAGGGCGUGGCAUGUUGCGUCGUCGUGUGACUUUUGUGUGUGGCGACGGACAUGGCAGACAUGGGUUUAUGGCCUGAUGGGCCGUGCUGCUGAGUGACUGCAGGUUCUUGUCAGUGCACAGCAAGGUGCCGUAGAGGACUUAGUCGUUCGCUAUUUAUGGCAUGUGUGCGUGCUGGUGGCAAGGUCAGCCCCGUGCUCGCGUGAACGUGAGUACAGUGAACAUAAGUAGUUGAGUACGGACCGGCGUCAUUCGGAAGUGUUCGGACUCGUGUUCACCAGUCAGGAAUGCACGUCUGUCUAAGGAGGCCUGCAUGGAUUGGCUGUGUGUGUGCUGUGCCGGUGAGCUAACGGGUAGGGCGGAUAGUGGUGUAGCCCGCGUCUGUUCCCCUCUGCUGCGUGUGAGUAAGCCUCCAGUGGAGAGUACGGCCGGGUGCUCCGGCGUGCUCGAUUCCGCGCUUGACGCUCCUUGCUCUCAUCCAAAUAACCAAGGGUUGUGAGCAACAUUGUUACAACUGCUGGUGCGCGUUCUACACUGCUGCCGUUCGCAGUGCUGGCGGGGCCUACAUCGGAGUCAUUCAGCAAGAUUAC